AUGUCUGCUUUCGAUCUGGCGAACGAAAGCAUGCAGGGUACAGAGCCUGAGAUAGAAUACAUCACCUCAGGGAUAAAACUGAGGGAUGAGACGUUUGUCUUUGUUGAUGGUAAAUGGGUGAAUGACAUGUACUGCCAACCACCAUUUGCUUACCACCGGAAGCUCUUUAGCAAGAAGGUACAGAAUGAGUGGAGCAUCUUGGAGGAGAACAAAGCACUCUGGGAGGAAAACCAAGCCCUUUGGAUGGAAAACAGAAUGCUCUGGGAAGAAAACAAGUCUCUGCAACGUCUCCAGAUACAGAACAAAACUGUCCAGGUUAUUUACACUGAUGCCAUUCAGCAAAGCCUCCAGAAGGAAAAGAAGCUUGUCCCAUUCUUCCAAAAGAGGAACACAGGCUUUCAGGUCAGCCCAGGCAACAAAAGUCUCCAGGCAGUUCAGCAAAAGCAGAGAGUCUUAGAGGAUUUCCAGCAGGAUAACAGAACAGUCCCCAUCAUCUGGAAAGACCAAAAAGCCAUCACAGUCCAUGAAGAGAGCAAAGAUACCAGCUCAGAUCUUCAGAAGGACCCUGAUGCCAUCACAGCUGUGGAAGAAGGUAACCCUGGCCCAGCCCUCCAGCAGAAACAUGAAGCUAAAAUCAAGAGCACCACCUCAACCCAGAACAAGGUCAAGUCUGCCCCAAGCAUGCAGGGUGAGUACGAAAUCAUCCGGGCUCUCCAGGACUUCUAUGAAUACCUCCACAUCUUCCUGCAAGCAAACCAUCUCCUUGGGGAGAAACAAGGCUGUCACAUUCUCUAUGAUGUGAACAGAUCCUUCCAAGAAGAUUACAAUAAAUUGAAGCUGCAGCUGAAUGCUGUGAAAAACACUGUAUCAGACAUUACGGCUCAAAUGGAAAUGUUGGAAAAGGAGCUCGUUGCCAUCACUUCCUCAAUGUAUGAGGAAGCAGGACAGAAGCUGGCAACUGUGCAUCAGCUUGGAGAGAUGUGA